CAGAGAUGGAUCUGCACAUCUCCGCUGUUCUCGUGUUUCUUCUGGUCACUGCGGGCACAGAGACGGGCCGUGCUUGCAGUGACCCUGAGCACAAACACGGAUCCUCACAGCACUCUCACUUCUGUUACGAGUGCACGGGUUUGAACUACUGUGUGAACAAAAUGGCGAUUUGUCCCUCUGGAUUCUCCAAGUGCAUGACUUCAACAAUCGUAAUGGAAAAGGGUGGAACUAGUUUGAAAAUUAAGAAAAAAGAAUGUAUUGAUGAAUGUCAGAACGGUUCCUUUAACUACGGCAUAUUGAAGACGGCUUAUUCCUGCUGCGACACCGACUUCUGUAACGCCAGAGAUGCUCCAGAUCCCAGACUGAACACUCCCAAUGGACGGACGUGUUAUUACUGUGACGGACAGAGCUGCUCGAACACAGUGAGCUGUUCCGGCACUGAAGACGCUUGCAUUACAACCACAGUGACACUCGGAGGACAACAGAUGCUUGUAAAAGGCUGUAUCACUAAAUCUAUAUGUAGUCUCCUAAAAUGCUCCUUUAUUAAGGACCUCUCAUGUUGUGAGGGGAACCUGUGUAACGGCGAUAAGAGCGACACACAGGCCGUCACCCCGGGCUUCAUAUAUGACGGUCUCAACCAGAGCGUCACCCAGAGCCUCAUCCAGAGCUUCACGUAUCACAGCGCGAAGAGCACCACCCGGAGAAUCCCGUAUAACGGCGAGAAGAGCGUCACCCGGAGAAUCCCGUAUAGCGGCGAGAAGAGCGUCACCCGGAGCUCCAGCAUGCAUAAGGGUGCGAAGAGCGACACCCAGAGGAUGACGUAUAACGGUGCUAAGAGCGUCACACACAGCUUCCUGUUCUCUGCUCUCCUACUUCCUGCUGCACUGAUUCUACUAUGAGACAUACUGCUGGAAAAUUAAAAAUUAAAAAAGCAGGAAAAAUCUCAUCUGUUUUUUUUUUUAAUAAGUUUGUAAAACUUUGUUUAGUUAAAGAUCACAAAGGCAAAAAGAGAAAUAACUGGAUAUGAUGAUCAAUAAAAUAU